AUGGCUGAAGUAUUCGAAUCUAAGUUUUCAAUUCGUUCUAUAUUAUCGGACACAAAGUCCUCUUUGGAGAUAGAAAGUAAAACUUCGACGGAAGAAUGGGCCAUAAGUUCAUGUGAUAUUACUUCUUCAGAUGAAACAUUAUCGGAUGAAUCUACAUUCACUAAUGAGAAACCAGCGUAUACAUACAGUUCACUGAUUGUUAUGGCCAUACGUAGCAGUCCUGAUAAACGUUUAACAUUGGGCGGGAUAUGUGAGUGGAUAGCUAAUAACUUUCCGUACUAUCAAAAUAACAGAAACAAGUGGCAGAAUUGCAUUCGGCACAAUCUAAGCUUGAAUAAAUAUUUUGUGCGAAUACCUCGGGCGUUAGAUGAUCCAGGACGUGGUCACUAUUGGGCAAUAGAUCCAUCAGCGGAAGACGUAACUAUUGGGGAAACCACUGGCCGCUUACGUCGGAAUAAUAAUUCAACGUUAAAUGAUUCAAGAGCAACUUUACAUUGCGGUGGUGGUUACUCGUACGGACAUCCUUAUCACCAAAGCAACACAAUACCGUAUAACUCUCAUUACUCUCCAAACGCUGUGUAUUUUCCGACUCCAGAAGAAGUUCGUUUUGUACAAGAAGCUGUACUACAAAAACAACAAGCUUUAAACAACUUUCACCCCCAGCUCCCAACUGAAGACCAAAUUGCAGUACAAUAUCAAUUUCAAGUUCAACAAACACUUUCUGCUGAGUGCGGGUGCAAUCUCCAACAAUGUACUAUGUUGGGGGACUUCCAAUUAGGUGGGAAGUACCAAACAACAAGUGUGAAUCUUAAGAAAUGUCGUUGUGGAUUCGUUGGACCUGGUCUCUAA